GGUGGUGGUCUGCCUCGCUGGGGCAUCUCUAAAAGCAUCCGACUCCGACGCCGCCACCACCACCGCAGCAGCAGCAGCCACCCACGACGACGACGAGCGAGCGAGCGAGCGAUCGGUCCGCGGGGGAAGACGAUGAAGAAGUGCCCGUCGGAGAUCAACUUCGAGGCGUUCAUCCACGGCGGGAGUGGGGAGGCCGACCCCGCCGCCGCCGCCGAGCAGAAGCCCGCCGGCUCGCACCCGCCGUUCAUGAUGUUCUCAGCCGCCGACCUCUCCGCCUUCAGCUUCGCCGACUCGAGCACCAUCACUGGGGCCAUUCCCAACCACAUAUGGCCCCAGACCCAGAGCCUCAACGCACGGCAUCCUGCGGUUUCAACCACAAUUGAAUCGCAGUCAUCAAUUUGUGCAGCAGCAAGUCCCACAUCAGCCACCAAUCUGACUAUGAAGGAGAGUCAAACUCUGGGAGGCACAAGUGGUUCAGAUUCUGACAGCGAGUCAAUGUUCGAUAUAGAGGGAGGUCCGUGCGAACAAAGCACAAACCCAUUGGAUGUGAAGAGAAUGAGAAGGAUGGUGUCCAACAGGGAGUCUGCUCGGCGAUCAAGGAAGAGAAAGCAAGCUCACUUAGCUGAUCUCGAGUCACAGGUCGACCAGCUCCGGGGCGAAAAUGCGUCGCUUUUCAAGCAAUUGACAGAUGCCAACGGGCAAUUCACGACCGCGGUCACGGACAACAGAAUCCUCAAAUCAGACGUCGAGGCCCUCCGUGUCAAGGUGAAGAUGGCGGAGGACAUGGUGGCGCGGGGGGCGAUGUCGUGCGGGCUCGGCCACCUCGGCGGGCUGUCGCCGGCGCUGAACGCCCGGCAGCGCUGCGUCCCGGACGUGCUCACCGGGCUGGACUACGCCGGCGACGACCCCUUCACGGGGCUGUCCCCGCCGGACCAGGGCCAGAUGCCCGGCGGCGAGGUGGUCGACGGCUGCUGGGGCUGGGACUCCCACUCCAACGGCGGCAUGUCCAAGUGAACGACCUACUACUGUCA